AUGGGCUCAAUGUUAUCGUACCUGCGAGUUCCGCUAUUUGCUUCUUCUGGACUCGCUGCUCUAGGAAGCAGUCUGUUAUACUUUAAGCAAAACGACAUCAUCUAUCCAGCAAAUCUUCCCGCCGGCUCUCGAACGAACGUGCCUAGUCCACACCAGUUCCACAUUGAUGAAGCCGAAUCCAUCAAGUUCCCAACCCCCGAUGGCGAAACUCUUCACGCCUAUCUGUUGCGGCCCCCAACCCCAAGCCUGAAAAAAGACAUUACACUAGUCAUGUUUCAUGGCAAUGCUGGCAACGUCGGUCACCGACUCCCUAUAGGCAAGGUUCUGUCGGAGAGUUUAGGUUGCCAUGUGUUCAUGGUCGAGUACAGAGGAUACGGUCUGUCCACCGGCUCGCCAGAUGAAGGCGGCCUCUCCACUGAUGGGCAAACGGCCCUGGAUUUUGUCCGGAAUCAUGAAGAGCUGAGAAAGACAAACAUCGUUCUGUACGGACAGAGCUUGGGCGGAGCGGUUGCGGUGAAGGUUUUGCAAGCAAAUGAGCAGGUCGGCGAUAUCGCCGGGGUAAUUCUGGAGAACACAUUUCUGUCCAUUCGAAAGCUGAUACCUUCGGUGAUGCCGCCGGCCAAGUAUAUCGCGGCGCUUUGCCAUCAACAGUGGAAUUCUGAAGAGACCUUGGCCAGGGUCAACGACACAGAGGUCCCCAUACUCUUCCUUUCCGGUCUGCAGGACGAGAUCGUCCCUCCUUCUAUGAUGAAGACUCUAUACGAGCAAUGUCGUACCCGCAAGGUUUGGAAAGAGUUUCCCGGCGGCGACCAUAAUUCCACCGUGGCAGAGCCAGGAUACUUCGACGCCGUUUGGCAAUUCCUCGUCCAAGAUGUCUUAAGAGGCUCUCGUAAAACGAAUCUCGGGAUGGCCGAUGUCGAUGUUGACCGAUCCUCGUUGUGGAGCUGA